AUGGUGCGCAGCACGAGGCCUCAGACCGCCAAGUAUCUGCGUAGUGUGGCGCUGGGGGAGGUGGCGCUAGCAGACAAGCUUGCCAGCUGGGCGGCGGCGCAAGAGAAGCAGAUGGCGUGCGAGGCGGCCAAGUGGCAGUGGGCCACUGCCGCCCAGUGGGCCCUCGCUCUCACACUCACGUCUUCCCAGAGGGACUUGCAGGUGGGUGCUCUAGAGGUGCUGUGGGUUGCAGUCCGAGAAUGGCGGUGGGCCACAGCAGCCCAGUGGGCUCUGGCUCUCACGCUCACGUCCUCACAGCGGGACCUGCAGGUGCGUGCUAUGACCGUCAUGCAAACCUUAGCAAGGCGGGGAGAUGGGGGAGAUGAAGAGGCAAUGUGCAACGACAACGAGGGGGAGGAAGGAGAGAACAGCGCACUAGUGGCCGUCACACAGUCGCCAACCUUCCAGGCAGUGCUUGGGGCAGCGGAGCAAGGAGAUCUCGUCAGCGCUGACGAGGCGACAGCUGUCGGAAGACAAGUGGUGGACGGCUGUCAGCCGCGUGGUGCAGGGGCUGGCCGUGAUGGCGAGGCAGGCCUAGCCCUGAUGGCGAAGCAGGUGCAGGCAAAGCUUGAGGCAGACGGCAGUCUGAGAGACUCUGCCAGCUCAGCAGGGGCGGUUGCGGGUGGCAGGUGGGCGCAGCUCGCAGCAACGGGGGAGGAGAUGGCGGGCGGCAGAGUGGUGUGA